AUUUUUCCCUACCCGGGGAAGAAAUUUAGGCUUUUCCUUUAGAUUUGAUCUCUCUCUCUCUCUCGCGUCAUGGCGAUGGAGGAAGGCGGAGGAGGUGGAGGAGCGCAUGGCGGCAUGAUCCGGCUCCAGUGCCAGGUCCAGCACUACGAGUGGGGGCGAAUUGGCGAGGAGAGCGAGGUGGGUCGGCUUCACGCGCUCAUGACCGGCAGCGCGGUGGACGCGGAUGUGCCCUACGCGGAGCUGUGGAUGGGAACGCACGCGUCGGGGCCGUCGACGGUGCUGCGCCGGGGUGGUGCCGGCCAAAUUCUACUCAAGGAUUGGCUCCAGCGCCACCCCGAGGCGCUGGGCGAUCGCGUCCUGGAGCGCUGGAAUGGAGAUUUGCCUUUUCUCUUCAAGGUGUUGUCGGUGGCCAAGGCGCUGUCCAUCCAAGCGCACCCAGACAAGAAGCUGGCCGAGUAUUUGCAUGGCAAGAACCCUCAAGUGUACAAGGAUGCAAACCACAAGCCGGAGCUGGCCUUGGCUCUCACGCGCUUCGGUGCCUUGUGUGGAUUCGUGACUUCACAGGAGCUCCAGGCGGCGCUGGAAUCCGUCCCCGAGCUGCGCGACGCGUUGGGACCGCUGGUGGUGGAGAGCGUCAUUCGUAGCGGCUGCGGCCAGAGCGCCAAGGACGUGUUGCGGAGAGCAUUUACGUGCCUCAUGACACUGGACGAGAGCGUUGUGACGCACACCCUCUCCAACCUCAUUGACCGUCUCAAGCGCAAGUCCAAGGCUGCUGGAGGGCUGAGCCCCAAAGAGGAGCUGGUCGUGAGCCUGGAGAAGCAGUACCCGGGCGACGUCGGUGUCCUGUCCGCCUUCUUUCUAAACUACACCAACUUGGAGGCCGGCCAGGCCGUGUUCCUCGACGCGAACGAGCCACACGCUUACCUCUACGGCGAGUGCGUGGAAUGCAUGGCCACCUCCGACAACGUGGUCCGGGCCGGCCUGACGCCAAAGUUUCGGGACACGCAAACUCUCUGCUCCAUGCUCAGUUACAAUCAGGGUCCGCCACAGAUUCUAGACGGUUGCUACGUCAACCCCUUCACCCGACGCUACUCGCCACCAUCGGAUGAGUUUGAGGUGGACCACAUAUGCGUUCCGGUGGGUGGCACGGCCAAGAUCUCAUCACCGUGCGGGCCAUCGAUCUUUCUCGUCUACAGAGGUAUGGGAGUGUUGAGCCGGGUCGGGAAAGAGGACGAGGCCAACAGCAUCAUCGCGGGGCUGGUGCGGGGGAAUAUCUUCAUGCUCGUCGCUGGCACGGAGCUGGAGGUGUCCGCGGUGAUGGACGUGGAGGAAAGCUAUGGCGAUGGAGAACAUCCUGUGCAGGAUGCGUUGCAGCUCUACAGGGCCGGGGUGAGCAGUAGGCUUCUUCAUCAGGCCGUGUGACGGCCAGUUUUGCUAUACAUGCGAAGUGUAAAUAAGAUUUGGGAUCAAUAGAAGGCUCUUCUAACAUA